AUGUCUCUGAUAAAUCAAGUUUUGGAUAAACAGCCUAAAAAUGACCAACCAUGGGACGACGCAUGCUCGGGCUGGAUUGACGCUGCUAAUAAAUUGGAUUCUUUCAAGGGAAACGAAAGGUGCACAGAUAAAUAUCUUUAUACGGCAGAAAAACUUCUUUUGGCACCGUUCCUGUUCAGAGUAGAAGAUGAGUUCUCUGUGAAGCCAAUGGAUUGCCGACUGCUUUUCAUGUAUUCUCAAGGUGUUCGCAUUGCAAUUGAGUCGUUCGACUACACUGUGCUGGGCGACAUUUUUCCAGGAGUAUGGCAGAAAUCCUACGAAACAACAAUUGGAGCGUGCUCAAAAAAUCCUGAUCAGUGCUGUUCGUUCGCCGUCGGCCUGGCCAAUAACAUGUGCCAAUGGAUUGCCGACUGCUUUUCAUGUAUUCUCAAGGUGUUCGCAUUGCAAUUGAGUCGUUCGACUACACUGUGCUGGGCGACAUUUUUCCAGGAGGGCAUUGCAAUGGAAUUGCUGUCGAAAUCGGUGCUCAGUGAACUGGAUGCGGCAACAUGCCUGAUAUCCGCGAUGACCAAACCGGCACAUUUCAUGCUUAUUUUUACGCUUGUUAAAACGGCUCUCGAUGUUUUGAAAAAAUUGUACUCGGGACCGUAUUGCUCAUCGUUGCUUCGCCAACUGGAACCCCUGUUGAUUGGAGGGCUUCGCACAGUUCGUCUACGACACCAUUUUGCCGAAUUUUGGCACCAAACAUUCGCUCACAGCAGUCAUCUUGUUCUCUCAGAUGAUAUGAGGUUCAUCGUUUUGAUUUUUUUUUUUUUUGUUUGGAAUAGAACUUGUCUCAGUUAA